AUGGGAUUCAAGCUUCUUCCCGACGGACCCGCCGCUGAGCCUCCCGCCGCUGAGCCUCCCGCUGCUGAGCCUCCCGCUCCCCUCAUCGUCGGCCUCCAGCCGGCGGCGCUCAUCGAUCAUGUGGCUCGCGUCGAUAAGUCCCUCCUCGAUCGCGUCGCCGGCGAACCUGGCGGCUCCAUUCCCGUUGCCAUUGAAGAGCUAGAGCGCAUAUUGCGUGAAGUGAAAACCCAUAGUCUAUCUUCACCCAAUGACCUGUCUCCUGUUAAAUCGAUGGCCGGCGGCAGCGUCGCGAACACCAUUCGAGGGCUGAGUGCGGGGUUUCGCGUCUCGUGCGGAAUAGUUGGGGCUUAUGGUGAUGAUGAUCAAGGCAAGUCGUUCGUGAGUAACAUGAAAUUUCAUGGAGUGAACCUCUCGGGAAUGAGAUUGAAAGAAGGACCCACUGGUCAGUGCGUGUGCUUGGUCGAUGCAUGUGGGAAUCGAACAAUGAGACCUUGUCUCUCAAAUGCUGUGAAACUUCAGGCAGAGGAAUUGACUGGAGCGCACUUCAGAGGAUCCAAGUGGUUGGUGAUAAGAUAUGCAAUGUUCAACCUGCAAGUCAUUGAAGCCGCAAUAAGCAUUGCCAAACAGGAAGGCCUUCUUGUAUCUUUGGAUUUGGCAAGCUUUGAGAUGGUCCGAAACUAUAUAUUACCUCUUCUCAAGCUGCUGCAGUCUGGAAAUAUAGACCUCUGCUUUGCCAAUGAGGAUGAGGCUGCAGAGCUGCUAAGAGGAGAAGAAAAUGCUGGACCUGAGGCUGCGCUUGAAUUUCUGGGACAAUAUUGCAAGUGGGCUGUGGUUACAUUAAGCUCGAAUGGGUGCAUUGCGAAGCAUGGGAAUGAAACCGUCCGAGUUCCAGCUCUAGGCGAGGUAAAGGCAGCAGAUGCAACUGGAGCGGGAGACCUAUUUGCGAGUGGGUUUUUGUAUGGCUUGGUGAAAGGAUUGUCACUCGAAGAUUGCUGCAAAGCGGGCUCUUGCAGUGGCGGUUCUGUCAUACGAGCCCUUGGGGGUGAAGUGACCCCGGAGAAUUGGAAAUGGAUGUACAAGCAAAUGCAGAUCAAAGGCCUUACUCUUCCCGACAUUCGCAACUGAUUCUUGCUCUGCGUGGACAAAUCCGAUCGAUUUUUUAAGGCUCCCCAGAUAGACAACUUGGCGAUUGGGCCCUUUCUUUUUCUUCUCUUUCGACAAGCGAAGAGAAGUUAUGGUUGCACUUAUGGAGUUUGGUCUGACUGAUGUGAACGGAAUCAAUUUCUAAUCAUGCAUACAGGAAAUAUCAUGUUUCGAGUUACUGAACAAGCGUUUGUUAAUUUUGCUUUAUCGGUGUUCUUAGAGCACUUAGUUAACACGG